GCGUGGGUGGGGACAAGGGGCUCCCCCUCCCGACACGCUCUUCCUGGCCACUGUUGCACGCGUCCCGAGAACAGAAAGAAGGAGAAGGAGGUGGGAGGAUGGCGGAGCCGGCGGACAAGCCCUACCGGGCCGAGUACGCAAAGAGCGGGCGCGCCUCCUGCAAGAAAUGCGGCGAGAGCAUCGCCAAGGACUCGCUCCGCUUGGCCAUCAUGGUGCAGUCACCCAUGUUUGACGGGAAGGUCCCAAACUGGCAUCACUAUGCAUGCUUCUGGAAGCGUGGGCUCGUCAUCUCUCAGGCUGAGCUUGAAGUAGAUGGGUUCUUGGAGCUGCGAUGGGAUGACCAGCAGAAAAUUAAGAAGACCAUCGAAGCUGGAGGGCUGACGGGAGGCAAAGGCGGGAGUCAAGACGGAGGUGGAAAGGGAGAGAAAACCCUAAUCAACUUUGCAGUUGAGUACGCCAAAUCCAAUAGGAGCGCUUGCAAAGGGUGUCAGCAGAAAAUAGAAAAGGGUCAGGUACGGUUGUCCAAGAAAAUGAUUGAUCCAGAGAAGCCACAGCUGGGGAUGAUUGACCGGUGGUACCACCCGGAUUGCUUCGUCAAAUGCCGAGAUGAACUGGGAUUCCUGCCUCAGUACAGUGCUAGCCAGUUCAAAGGAUUCAGUAUCCUGCAGCCAGAAGACAAAGAAACCCUCAAGAAACAGCUCCCAGCGGUCAAGACUGAGGGGAAGAGGAAAGGAGACGAGGUAGAUGGAGAUGAUGUAGCCAAGAAGAAGGCCAAGAAAGAAAAGGACAAAGAGACGAAGCAGGAGAAACUCUUCAAGGUACAGACAGAGCUCAUCUGGAACAUCAAAGAUGAACUGAAGAAAGUCUGCUCUACGAAUGAUCUCAAAGAGCUGCUGAUAGCCAACAAGCAGGAAGUGCCUUCUGGGGACUCUGCGAUACUAGACAGAGUAGCCGAUGGGAUGGCUUUUGGAGCUCUUCUCCCCUGUGAGGAGUGCAAAAAAGGACAGUUUGUCUUCAAGAGUGAUGCAUACUACUGCACUGGAGACAUCACUGCCUGGACCAAGUGUGUUGCCAAGACACAGACUCCCAGCCGGCAGGAGUGGAUCAUCCCCAAAGAGUUCCGGGAAAUCUCUUACCUCAAAAAAUUUAAGUGCAAAAAGCAGGACCGAGUGUUCCCCCCCGAAACUCAUGCCCCUGUUUCAAAACCACUCCCCUCAUCAGUGGCAACCCCUCCCACCGUGAACUCCCCAUCCUCUCCAGACAAGCCAUUGUCCAGCAUGAAGAUUCUGACUCUGGGGAAGCUCUCCAGAAACAAGGAUGAAAUAAAAGCUGCAAUAGAAGAACUUGGGGGGAAGCUGACAGGGACAGCUAACAAAGCUUCCCUCUGCAUUAGUACAAAAAAGGAGGUUGAGAAGAUGAAUAAGAAGAUGGAAGAGGUCAAAGAAGCCAAUGUGCGCGUGGUUUCGGAGGAUUUCCUCCAAGAUGUCUCUGCUUCCGGCAAGAGCCUCCAGGAGCUGCUCUGUCUGCACACCUUGUCCUCCUGGGGCGCUGAAGUGAAGAAAGAACCUGUUGGAGGGAAGAAGUCAGGUGUCUCUUCUUCCAAGAAGAGCAAGGGUCAAGUCAAGGAAGAGGAAGGGACCAACAAAUCAGAAAAGAAAAUGAAAUUAACACUGAAAGGUGGAGCAGCUGUGGAUCCUGAUUCUGGGCUCGAGGACUCAGCUCACGUACUUGAAAAAAAUGGAAAAAUCUUCAGUGCCACCCUUGGCCUUGUGGACAUUGUUAAAGGCACCAACUCGUAUUAUAAGCUGCAGCUCCUGGAGGAUGAUCGAGAAAUCAGGUACUGGAUAUUUAGAUCUUGGGGCCGAGUGGGCACUGUGAUUGGCAGCAAUAAACUAGAACAGAUGUCAUCCAGGGAAGAUGCCAUUGAUCAUUUUUUGAAGUUAUAUGAGGAGAAAACUGGCAACUCCUGGCAUUCCAGCAACUUCACUAAAUAUCCCAAGAAGUUCUACCCCCUGGAGAUUGACUAUGGGCAGGAUGAAGAGGCUGUGAAGAAGCUGACUGUCAGUGCGGGCACCAAGUCGAAACUCCCCAAACCAGUUCAGAACCUCAUCAAGAUGAUCUUUGACGUGGAGAGCAUGAAAAAGGCCAUGGUGGAAUUCGAGAUUGACCUUCAGAAGAUGCCACUGGGAAAGCUGAGCAAGAGGCAGAUCCAAAAUGCAUAUUCAAUCCUCAGCGAGGUCCAGCAGGUGGUGUCCCAGGGUGGCAGCGACUCUCAGAUUCUGGACCUCUCCAAUCGCUUCUAUACCCUGAUUCCCCAUGACUUUGGAAUGAAGAAGCCCCCACUCCUGAACAACAUUGAUUGUGUGCAGGCCAAAGUAGAGAUGCUAGACAACCUACUGGACAUUGAGGUGGCCUAUAGUCUACUCCGUGGCGGGUCUGAAGAUGGCAGCAAGGAUCCCAUUGAUGUUAACUAUGAGAAGCUUAAAACUGAUAUUAAGGUGGUUGACCAGAACUCAGAAGAAGCUGACAUCAUCAGGCAGUAUGUUAAGAACACACACGCUACUACUCACAAUGCCUACGACUUGGAAAUUAUUGAUAUCUUCAAGAUUGAGCGUGAAGGGGAAAGCCAACGCUACAAGCCCUUCAAGCAGCUUCAUAACCGGCGGCUGCUGUGGCAUGGGUCCAGGGCCACCAACUUUGCCGGGAUACUCUCUCAGGGUCUUCGAAUCGCCCCACCUGAAGCCCCUGUGACUGGCUACAUGUUUGGUAAAGGAAUCUAUUUUGCUGACAUGGUUUCCAAGAGUGCCAAUUACUGCCACACAUCACAGGGAGACCCAAUAGGAUUAAUCCUCCUGGGAGAAGUUGCUCUUGGAAACAUGUAUGAACUGAAGCAUGCAUCCCACAUCAGCAAGUUACCCAAGGGCAAGCACAGUGUCAAAGGCUUGGGCAAAACUGCGCCCGAUCCGACAGCCAGUGUCACUCUUGAUGGUGUGGAAAUUCCCUUGGGAACUGGGGUUCCUUCUGGUGUUAGUGACACCUGUCUCCUAUAUAACGAAUACAUUGUCUAUGAUAUUGCUCAGGUAAAUCUGAAGUAUCUACUGAAAUUGAGGUUCAACUUUAAGACCUCUCUGUGGUGAACAGAUAGCACUUGCCUAGUGCUUAGGCUGGACCCCUGUAGUUCUGCUGUAGCAUUGAGCUGCCUGGUAGGCUUAAAUAUCAAUGACCCUUUCAGAAAUAUCAAAAGAGCUGAGUUGCAGACAACUCUUAACUUCACUAAAUCUUCUCCAUAAGGAUUUUAUAUAAACAGAUGGCCAUAUGUUGAAAAGAAUUUUUUUCCCAAGCCUAAGUCUCUGGGUUUUGUUUGUCUCUGGGGAUUUGAUUCCCCACCCACUCAAGUUCCAUGCACCCCCUGGGGCAUAACAGAUCUCCUGUAACUGACAAGUGUGAAAAAGUUGGAAGAAAAAUGGUUUUACAUAAAAUAAGCAUGGGGGGAGGGAUUUUUAGAGAGGGAAAUUACAAUGUGAUGUUUACAUCAUUAGAUUUCAAAGGAAAAUAAAGUGCUUCCGACUCUUUCUAAA